UCAGAAGAAAUUUUGCUUCAGCUGCUUGAACGAAGCUGCUUAGGAUAAUAUUUCAAUAUUUUAUUAGACAUUUUUUUCAAGAUUUAUUGAACAUUCUUUUAAGAACUGUUCUUUUUAAGCACUUAAUGAAAAUGAUUCUGAUAGUGUCUUUGUUCUGUGUCUCCGUCUCGUUGACAUCAGCUGCUCCUGCAUAUGGUAAAGAUGGAGGUUACACAGGCUAUGCGUCUUACGUUCCACUGAAGAACCAGCUGCAAAAUUCUAUUGGUCGUUAUUCGGAUGACAGUAUCCAUGCUUCCGCUGGAAGUCCAGAUAUAACGAGAAAGCCUAUAAAAGAGCUCGCUCCAGCACCCCAGAGAGAUUAUGAGGCACCAACCAAUUUAGCAUACCAAACGCCUCAGCAUGGUUAUGACAGCAAUAGGCUAGGGCAUGACACUCCAGCUGUUCCAUACGCAAAAGCUUCCCUGUAUGGGCAAGAAGGAGGAUACAAAAUAGCCGAUGCCUACCAGAAUGGACACAUUGAUUCAUAUGAAGAUAAAGAGCAUGAUUAUAAGGAUGAUUAUAUCGCAAACCCUCAACCAUACGAGUACGGUUAUGCUCUCAAGGAUGAGUACGGUAAUGCUCAACACAGAAAAGAAUCUAGCGAUGGACAGGGAAAAGUAGAAGGCUCAUAUGGAUUUACGGAUGAACAUGGACUUUACAGAAGCGUUCAGUACGUCGCUGACAAAGAAGGAUUCAGAGCUUCCAUCAAAACCAAUGAACCUGGAACUGAAAGCCAAAAUCCCGCUGAUGUUCACCUGGAUUCUGAACAAUCUAAAUACUAAAAAAAAAGGGCAGAGCAAGGUAUGGUUCAUUGCUGUGACGUUUAACAUUGCCAAAGUUACCUCAACUUCCAUGGUAGGGAAAGGUGGUGAGAUCAUUGGAAAUCAUGAAUGCUUUGCACUUAUUUAGUAUGCUUCGAACUCCAUUCUGAAGCAUUCAAAUCAGUACAAUUGCCAUUUAAAACAGAAGAUAGAGGGCAUUCUUCCUCAGAUUGUAUUAUUGUUAUUUCACUUGGUUGAAUUUGUAU